UAAGAAGAGCUCACCUGAACGAGAAACGAGUUAUUUCACACGGAUCGAGCAGAGCGGAAUGUCAGGAUCAGUAGUGCGGAGGAGUGCAGCAUUGAGGGCCCUUGCGUUCGGGGCCCUGAUAGUACUGGUUUCUGGAGGACCCAGACCCGAACACAGGAGCGAGCAGCAUCAGAGAGAACAGGCGGAAUGGACACAGAGACUUCAGUAUCCAGCGGGAAACGAUGCUCAGCGCGUUCAGUUUCCAGACUUUCACGACACACAGCGCGUUCAGUUCCCUUCAAUUGACGAUCCACAGAGAUGUCCUGCUGGUCACUAUCUGGACAGAAGUGGUCCGACUGCUCGUUGUGUUCGCUGCUCCUGUAACGGCUUCUCUAACGAGUGUGAGGAAAACACCGGCCGAUGUCUGAACUGCCGUGAUAAUACAGCAGGUGAUCACUGCGAGCGCUGUAAAGAGGGAUAUUACUUAAACGCAGCUCAGAGAUGCAGCGUGUGUCCAUGUCCUCUCAGCAACAACGCCAACAAUUUUGCAUUUGGAUGCACUGAAACCGAUGGCAGACUUCUGUGUCUGUGUAAAGACGGUUACACAGGUGAAAGAUGCGAGCGAUGUGCUCCGGGAUAUUACGGCGAUCCUCUGGUCUACGGUGGAUACUGUCGUCCAUGCAACUGCCCUGGAAACCUGUGUGACUCCAAGACCGGAGUGUGUAGGAAUUCUCUGGAGCUCCAAGACACAAAUACAGAAGAGCAGUGUGAAGAGUGUGAUGAUAACUGUGCACAGACAUUACUGGCUGAUCUGGAGAAGCUUGACAUUGAGCUCAGAAGAAUUAAAGAUGAAGUCGAUUUCAACUCCCUCAGACCUUCAUCAAAAGAACACCUGAGGAAGCUUGAAGAAACCAUUACUGCCACAACGAAUCUGGUGAACACGUACAACUUCACCAUCGACAAUCAGGUGCCUAAAGUUAACCAGCUAGAGCGAGAUGUUAUUAAUCUGUCUGAAGAUAUGGACAAUCUGAAAGAACAGGCCAGGAAGCAAUCUGAGGAUUCGCAGAAAGCUCUUGCUAAUGCUGAAAGCAGCCACCAAAGAGCAAAAGAUCUGGACACUGAGACACAGAACCUCCUCAGAAAAAUACAAGAGCUCCUGAAGCAGCUGAUGGACUCAAACAGCAGUGGAUCAGCUCUGCCCAACUCCGACUUAGCCAAACUCCUGGAGCAGUCACAGAACAUGGUGAUGGAGAUGCAAAAGCGAAGCUUCACCACGCCGAAAGAAGCAGCUAAGAAAGAGCAAGCUGAAGCAAACAAAUUUCUAGAGAAUGUUAAAAAGAUCAUAAAUCAGUGCGACGAGAAUGAGGCGGCGUCCAAACGUGUUGAUGGUCUACUGAGCAACUAUGCGGCCAAAAUGAAAGAGUUAGAGGAUUUGCUGAAACAGGCUGAAAAUAUGGUGAAGAAAGCCGACAAUCAGAAUGACAUCAACGCUGAAGGCCUUAAAGAUAUUCUGAAACGAGUGAAAGAUCUGGAGCAUGAGAGGGACCUUGUCCAGAGUCAGAUUGUUCUUGCAGUCGAUCAGUUGAAAGAAACUGAGGACAUGCUGAAAAUGCUCGAUGACAGCAAAACGGAAUAUGAACAGCUUGCGGCGCAGCUCAACGGAGCAAAGACUAAACUCAAGGAUAAAGUCCGUACCAUCUCACAAGCGGCAGCCAAAGAGAAAAUAGUCAAACAGGCAGAAGAACAUGCAGAAAACAUGCAGAAACUGGCCAAACAGCUACAAGAUGCUGUACAGAAUGUGAGUGGGCGCUCUGGUGUGCAAACCGCUCUCUCUGGGAUAGAGGCGUACAAAAACAUCACAGACGCUGUCAACGCUGCAGAGGAGGCGGCGAAGAAGGCCAAAGAGGCGGCAGACAAAGCGCUCAAUGAUGUCAGUGAAGGAGACUUAAUCAACAGGGCCAAAAAUCUGAAAAAUGAUAGCAAUAACCUACUUAAAGAUGCCAAAAAUGCAGUUAAAGAUCUUAAAGGAGCAACUAAAGACCUCAAUAAUCAGAAGGAACGCCUGCAAACUGCUGAGGAGAAAAAGAAAGCACUGGAAAAGGAGUUGCUCGCUAUUCAGGAGGGUUUAAAAGGAAUUCAGAGAGAUGACAUUGGUGAUAUUAUCGGCGCGGCUAAGGAAGCGGCAGCGGCAGCCAAUCGCUCCACGAGUGACACAGUGGAGCAGCUAAACAACAUCAAAGCAGAAGUGAGCAAGAUCUCCAUUAGUCCUUCUGUCUCUAAUAUGGACAGUGUUCUCAAUAACGUGGAAAUGACCGUCAAAAAUCUGAGCGGCUCCAUCCCGUCCCUGCUGGAUAAAAUAGAGGAGAUCAAUUCUCAGAUUAGCGCCGGGAACAACGUGUCUGAUAAUAUUAAUCAGAUAAAGGAGCUGAUCGAGCAAGCGCGAGAGGCUGCUAACAGAAUUGUUGUGCCCAUGAAGUUCACCGGUAAAGGGCAUGUAGAGCUUCGUCCGCCUCAAGACAUAGACGACCUGCGGGCGUACACCACUCUCUCCCUGUCCCUCCAGAGACCCGAGAAACCCCUCGGUCGAGGCGAUGAGAGCAGACGGCGCCGGCGUCAGACAUAUGAAGACAAUCUGUUCGUCAUGUACCUUGGAAAGAAAGACGCAUCCGGAGACUACAUCGGCAUGGCUCUUCGCAAUAACAUCCUGCACGUCAUUUAUAAGCUCAAUGGAAAGGAGUACGAUAUGCAAGCAUCCAGCAUCACUGAGUCCUCAUCUGACGUGGCUUUCUUCGACAAAAUCGACCUUUACAGAAUUUAUCAAGAUGCACAAGUCAUUCAAACAAAGCAGUACACGUCAAUCAAUCCAAAGCCUCCACAGCUGAUACAAAACCCGGGUCAACUGACUCACAACCUGCUGGAUCUCAGUCCAGAGAAGGUGGUCUUCUAUGUCGGAGGAUAUCCAGAUGACUUCAGACCACCGGCCUCUCUCAACUAUGGCAAAUACAAGGGCUGCAUUGAGUUUUCCACCUUCAAUGACAAAUUCAUCAGUCUGUACAACUUUAAGAACGCUGUUAAUAUUAACUUAGAGACACCUUGCAAGAGACAAAUCCCACUAACGAUCUCAGAGUCAGACUACUACGAAGGCACCGGUUACGCCAAAGUCCUGCUUGAAAAAUUCCCCAACUUUCUGCAGAUCAGUCAGAAAAUGGAAACCAGAACUAAGGAUGCUCUUUUGCUGUAUUUUGGAGACGAGAAUGACGACUUUUUCUACAGCGUCUCUCUUGAGAACGGUUACGUUGUUCUGCGUGGCCAAAACAAAGAUAAUAUUUUAGAGCCAGUCAGAAGUCAGGAUGUGGCAAGCCUUUCUCCGGAAACCGAUGUGAAAGUUUGGAUUAUUGCAGGAAGAGAGUUUAAAGUCCGAGUAGGGAACACAGAGGUCAAAAGGACGGACGUCAUUCCACAAGCGUUCAAGUACUACUACAUCGGCGGAUUACCCAAAAAUUUGCGUGAGAGAUACAACAUCACUAGCCCAGCUCUGAAAGGCUGUGUGAAAAUCGGUACAGCCGCCGGCUCCACCCCGAGCAUUGAAGAGAAAGUGGGCGUCGGCAGAGGCUGCACUAAUGAGCUCCUGAUGGUCAGGAAGGCUGAAUUCAGCCUCGGCAGUUCAUUGGAGAAACUCCAUGAAGACUUCAGCUUAGACGUUGUCAGUCUGUCACUGGGCUUCAAGAGUACAAAACCAGACGGCAUCCUGCUGCAGAACAGCAAAAAUAAUAAAAACAUUGAGCUUUCUAUGGAGAACGGAUACGUGCUCCUGAAAUUCCAGGGCAGCGUCUGGAAGUCUACUAAGCAGUAUCAGGAUGGUGAAUGGCAUUAUCUCACUGUUUCUGGACAGGACCAAGACAUUGAACUUCGAAUCGAUGAAGAAGAUGUUGGCCAGCAAGAGACGGGAUCUUCAUCUGGACUGUAUUCAUCCAGCGUAACCCUGGGCAAAGACACAUUCAAGGGCUGCAUAUCCAACCUUUACCUGAAGAGAAGUGAUUCUCUAUACAGAGCGGAGGAUCUGAGCGGAUACUCUGCCACAGGAAACGUGCUGUUGAACACAUGCAGCGCCACACGCAAUAUGUAGUUAUCAGCAGAGACAAGGAGUAGCUGACGUAGACAUUUCACAUGGAGAUGUUUGGAAGAAAUGCUGUUAUAUUACAACAUAACCAUCUCACUUUAACCAACUGCUACAUUUCAUUAUUUCAGUUUGCAUAAUUAAAGAUAUUUUCAUGGCACAUCUGUGGUAGUUUUCAUGUCAAGGCCCAGUUUUUGAUACGGAAAUUGUAUUUUAAAAGAAUCAGAUAACAAUUGUGCGCUACUGGAAACCUUUGCUGUGUUACUGUGCUCAUGUAAGUUGGCAUCAGAAUAUUUUCCUGUACUUUUCCACCACAUGUUAGAUUAUGCAUUGUGUUUAACAGCAUUUCAUGGUGAUGAAAUACAAUGAAAUGGAAUAAAAUUUAUCAAAUAAAACUCUUUUGCAUUG